UGGUAUUAGGUAUUGCCAUGGUGCGGUUUUAUAUACAGAAAGGAACACAUAGAGGCUUAUUCAGAAGCGUUCAAAAGACGCUUAAAUUUUUCCAGACACUUGCUUUGCUUGAGGUAGUCCACUGUGCAGUUGGAAUAGUUCGCACGUCUGUGCUUGUGACUGGGGUCCAAGUAAGUUCAAGAAUCUUCAUGGUGUGGUUCAUUGCACACAGUAUAAAACAGAUCCAGAAUGAGGAGAGCGUUAUUCUUUUUCUGGUCGUAUGGACUGUGACAGAGAUUACUCGAUAUUCCUUCUACACAUUCAACCUGCUCAACCAUUUGCCAUACUUCAUUAAAUGGGCCAGAUACAACUUUUUUAUCAUUUUGUAUCCUGCUGGAGUUGCAGGUGAACUGCUAACCAUAUAUGCUGCUUUACCCUAUGUGAAGAAAACGGGAAUGUUUUCACUGAGACUUCCCAACAAAUACAAUGUCUCUUUUGACUACUAUUACUUCCUUAUUAUUGUCAUGUUCUCCUAUGUGCCAUUAUUUCCACAGCUCUACUUCCACAUGCUGCGGCAGAGAAGACGGGUGCUUCAUGGAGAAGUGAUUGUGGAAAAGGACGAUUGAAUCAAGCCGUGUAACUAUGGUGCUUUUAAUGGGGAAAAAAAAAAAAAGAGGGUAAAAAACCAAAACUUCCUGUGAUUUUUCUGAGUCCAAGUUUUAAAACAUGGAGCAAGAAUAAACAACUGUGCAU